GUUCAAGGUAAUAGUACUCAGUCGUAAAACAGUCUCCGUGUCCAUAGCAAAGUACCUAGAAAAAUAGCCGAAAAUUAUUGGAAAAAUGGCUCUUCUUCACAUCAUUUUAGUCAUGUUAUUCAGUGAAUGUCUCAGUCUCACCUACGUGGAUUUGAGUCACAGUCUGCACAACGAUACUAUGCACUGGCCAACAGUUUUGCCAGUAACUGUUGAAGUGGUUGCCAAAGGAGAAACAGCAGAAGGAUAUUGGUAUGAGUCUAACAACAUCUGUUUGGCCGAGCACGCUGGGACGCACCUCGAUUCACCGGCACACCUCUUCAAAGACAGGUGGCACGUUGAUGAAAUUCCUCUGUCGCGUUUGAUGGGUCCAGGUGUUGUGCUGGACAUCCAGGAGAAGGCGAAGAAGAAUCCAUUGGCUGAGUUGACCGUGGACGAUAUUACCAGCUGGACGGAGGCGAACGGACCUCUCCCAGAUGGCGCGGUGGUCUUCGUCCUUGGGGCGCAGCCAGCGGGGGCUGGGGUUGAAGGACACAGAUACGGGGACAAACUGGCGUACUUUGGGACCAAUAACAGUGACGGCUCCAAUUUAAAAUUUCCCGGAAUCAGCCUCGACGCAGCCAAGUACCUGACUGCGCUCAAGGGCGACUCAGGGCUGGGGGUCGUGGGGGUCGGCCUCGACACUCCGUCCCUCGACAACGGCGCCUCGACGACCUAUCCAACGCAUGUGGAACUAUUCGAACACAAUAUCUAUGGCUUGGAGAACGUGGCUAACUUGGAGAGGCUUCCAGCCAAGGGAUUCCACGUAACGGUGAUGCCCAUGAAGAUUCGCGAGGGAAGCGGCGGCCCAGCCAGGAUCUUCGCGAGCAUCCCAGACGCUGACGACGACGCUGACGACGACGUCUCCGCUCACUUCAGCGGUCGCUCCGGCGCAGUCACGUACCUGGCGCCCGUCCUGCUCGUCCUCGCCGCUGUGGGGCUUACUGGAGCAAUUUGAGAAAGAUAAACUGAGAAAGAGCGAGAGAAAUAGAAAGAAGGGAGAGAGAAAAAGAAA